ACGAAUAUUCGCGGUUCAUCUUGCGUUGGUGAAGAGUGGUUCGCGUUUCGCGUUUCAGUGAUGUGUUUGUAACGAAAUAUAACAUAGAGACAACAUUUUAAUAAAUACAAAUUGAAGAUUAUUUAUUAAAAAAUCGUUUUAAAAUUUAAACUGACCCUUAUUACUUCAUAAACCGUAUCUUUUUAAAAAAUGGCUACAUCAGAAGGUGCCAUCACCAUAGAAUUAAAACGUAGUCAACUUAAAACGCAAACUUCAACAGUUUCAAGUCGAAGACAACAAGCAGUAUGCGUACGAAGAGCUUACAAAAGAUAUGGUACAAAGAAAAAUCCUUUCGUAAUUUUAGACGGUUUAAAUAUGACCGUGCCAAAAGGAACUAUUUACGGCCUUUUAGGAGCUAGCGGCUGCGGAAAAACUACACUUUUAAGUUGUAUAGUCGGCAGAAAACGCUUAAAUUCCGGUGAAAUAUGGGUUUUGGGUGGUCACCCAGGUUCGAGAGGAAGCGGAGUUCCUGGGCCUCGUUUAGGCUAUAUGCCUCAAGAAAUUGCACUUUACGGUGAAUUUACAAUCAGGGAAACCAUGCGAUUUUUUGGUUGGAUUAAUAAUAUGAAAUCGAGUAAAAUAGAGGAGAGAUUACAUUUUUUGCUCGAAUUGUUAAUGUUACCCGAAGCUGAUCGACAAGUUAAAGUAUUGAGUGGAGGACAACAGCGGAGGGUUUCAUUGGCCGCAGCUUUAUUACACGAACCGGAAUUAUUGAUUUUAGAUGAACCAACGGUUGGAGUUGAUCCAUUAUUACGAAAAAAUAUUUGGGAUCAUUUGGUUGAAAUUACAAAACAAGCCAGAAGAACGGUUAUUAUUACGACUCAUUAUAUCGAUGAAACUAGACAAGCACAUUUGAUUGGAUUAAUGCGUGGUGGUUAUUUCUUAGCAGAAGCAUCCCCGGCAAGUUUAAUGCAACAAUAUGGUUCCGAUUCUCUUGAAGACGUUUUUCUUAAGUUAUCAGUUAUUCAAAAUCAAGGAAAACGUCGUCGUUCAUCAAUUGCUCAAGUUGUAACUUCAGCGAUACAAGUUCCCUCUGGUAUUGUAAAUGAAGCUGCUGUUAUCGAUGACGAAGCCGGUGAAAUAUCUGGUGAAUUUGGUGAUAAUGUAUCAACUACAAGUCGUACUAGACGAAUUUCACUUACUCCUGAUAACACCGAUUUGCCACCACCGGAAUUACCGCCAGAAGAAGAUCCACCAAGAAAAUUUGCUGACUAUUUUAAAAUUUUAAACAUGGAACAUAUGAAAGCAUUAAUUUGGAAAAACUUUUUAUGGAUGGCAAGAAAUUAUCCGGUUAUGUUGUUUAUUAUAGUUUUACCUAUAGCUCAGAUUAUCCUAUUUUGUUUGUCAAUCGGUCACGACCCGACUUUCUUAAAUUUAUCGGUGGUCAAUUACGAGUUGAACGAGGGUGAAAAAUGUUAUAAAACGCACGAGUGUAACUCAACGCGAUUAAGUUGUAACUUUUUGGAUUAUCUCGAGAAUAGAACAUUGAUUUUAUCCUAUUUUGACACGUUGGAAAAAGCUCAAGAUGAAGUUAGAGCUGGUAAUUCUUGGGCUGCCGUUCAUUUUCGACACAAUUUCUCCGACGCGAUAAGAGCUCGACUCAAUGAUGGACGAUCUUUAUCAGAAGCUAAUGUUAUUAGUUCCGAAGUGGAUGUUUAUCAAGAUAUUUCAAAUCAAAAUAUAGGAUCGUUUUUAAAACGUGAUUUAUAUAAAGCUUUUGAAACGUUCUUUCAAGAUUAUUUAGAAGUGUGUGGAAUUGAUAGAAAGAUUGGGCAAAUUCCUAUGCGUUUUAAUGAACCAUUAUACGGAGCAAAUGCACCAGAUUUUACUGAUUUCGCAGCCCCAGGAGUUAUUUUAACAAUUGUUUAUUUCUUAGCCGUAGCUUUAACUUCGGGAGCUAUGCUUUUAGAACGAAACGAAGGCAUUUUGGAACGAUCCUUAGUAAGCGGAAUAAGCGGUUUGGAAUUACUUUCCGGUCAUGUAAUAACCCAAUUUAUUGUGAUGGCCGUCCAAACCGGAGUCGUUUUAAUUUUUUGUUUCGCUGUUUUUAAUAUUACAAUAAACGGCAAUCUAAUGUUAGUGAUAAUUUUAACUUUAAUGACUGGUUUAUGUGGAAUGUGUUUCGGUUGUGUUGUUUCUUGUAUUUGCGAUACUGAACGUACUGCUACGUAUUUAGCUUUGGGGUCGUUUUUACCAAUCGUAAUGUUAUGUGGCAUUGUUUGGCCCAUUGAAGCUAUGCACAAAUCGUUACAAAUAAUUGCAUUUUUCUUGCCGCUUACAAAAAGUACAGAAAGUUUACGUUCCAUUAUGCAAAGAGCAUGGGUUUUUAAUAAUCCCGUUGUUUAUGUUGGUUUUAUUAGUACAUUUCUUUGGAUGGCUGUUUAUUUAACAGCUAGCAUAUUGUUACUUAAGUUUAAAAAGGGGUAAGGUGAUUGUUAUAUUAUUAUUAUUUGAGGAAUUCUUGGUAUUGUAAUAAAAUAAGUAUUUAUAUUUCGUAGGGA